CUCUGUCCCCAUUAAACAACUCCCCAUUGCUCCCUCUCUCCGGGCCCUGGCACCACCCCACUCUGUCUCUACGAAUGUGACUGUACUGUAGUUGUCUUUUAUUGUUCAGCUCAGUGUCCUCAAAGUCCAUUCCCAUGCAGCGCACAUCAACAUUUCCUUCCUUUCUAAGGCUGAACACCAUUCCAUUGCAUAGAUGUACUGCAUUUUGUUGUUGAUCUGUUCACAGACACUGGGUAGUUUUCGGGCUUCAGUGGGUUGAAGUUCCAGGAGUUCCCACUGUGCAGCCAACGGCCAGUGGGCUGGGCACAGCCUGGCCUCCUGCCAGGCAGCCUCAGUGGUAUCACCACUUCCUUAUGCCAGUGGUGCACUCCGCUGUUAUCAAGCCCAAGCACCAGUGCAGGUAACACCCUGCUCCCCGUUCCCCCCACCCUAAACAAAAACACCCAGCAGGGCCUGCCAGGUCUGCACCCAGGCAGUCCCACCCAAUGUCUCUGGGCCCUAUGGAGACCAGCCUCAGCAUGGACAUUGAGGGGUGGCUCCUGCGAAUUACUGGUUCCCACAUGCAGGGCUUUUCUUACUCCAGUCUAGUGUGUUACAACAUAAGGACAGUAAGUCACACCCAGUUGUCUGGGGCUUGAGCCUCCCAUCUUGUCAAUCUUCUGCCUGCUGCAUCUUGUACUUCUCUAUCUCCAAAAUCCAAGGGGGUCUUCAUUCUCCCACGGAGUCCUUCCCUCUGUAGUGGGGAGAAUGGAAGGCGCCAAGGGAAUGCAUGCUUAAGAACCAAGAUCAAUACAUGGUUUGACAACGGUGCUAUAUUUGAAAUUGGGAGUGUGCCAGGAAAGUUACUCCUUUGUUCAUUUGUUCAACACACCGAGGCAGGCACUGGGCUGUAAGAUACCAACUGUGAUCUCCGUGUGAUCUCCAGCUUCACGGAAGGAAUUCUGGGGAGCAUUCAUCCACCACCACAGGCUGCCGCGACCCCAGACCCCCUGCUGCGGGCAACAGGUGCAAUCGCAAGGACCAGGUGCAAUAGCCGCACCUUCGCAUCCACCCUUCGGGUGUUCAUGGCCGGAAGGAGGAAGGGUACAGCGGUACACCAGGGUGGGAUUCCAAACCCACCCUGCACCACACGUGGCCCCGCCCACCCGUCGAGAAAGCCACGCCCCCUCUCGGGGCGGGGACGGGUCCAACCAAUCAGAACUCCCGGAUCGCGUACGUUAGGCUCCGCCCAGGUGAGCGCGGGUCGCGCUGCGCUUUCUACAAACCCGGUCGCGGCCUGUGGCCCAGGCGGCAGGCGGCCGGGAGCCCGCGCCCUACGCAGGCGCCAGCGCGCCCUCCCGCGGGGCGGCGAGGCCGGAAGCGAAGGCCCGGCGCUCUGCGCGCGGCACCGGAAGCCAGUGGCAAGGCGCCCGCCGCCGGAAGCCCGCGUCUGACGCGUCCCCCGGCCCGCGGCGCCGGAAGUGGUGGGGGGCGGGCUGCGGCUGGCCGAGGGCCGGAGCACCCAUGGCGGAGGGCGGCGGCCCCGAUAGGCGGGCCGGUCUGGGGUCCGCAGGUCCUAAUCUGAAGGAGUGGCUACGGGAGCAGUUUUGUGACCAUCCACUGGAGCACUGUGAGGACACAAGGCUCCAUGACGCAGCCUACGUGGGGGACCUCCAGACCCUCAGGAGCCUGUUGCAAGAGGAGAGCUACCGGAGCCGCAUCAAUGAGAAGUCCGUCUGGUGCUGUGGCUGGCUCCCCUGUACACCACUGCGGAUUGCAGCCACUGCGGGCCACGGGAGCUGUGUGGACUUCCUUAUCCGAAAGGGGGCCGAGGUGGACCUGGUGGACGUAAAGGGGCAGACUGCCCUGUAUGUGGCUGUGGUGAAUGGGCACCUGGAGAGUGCCCAGAUCCUUCUGGAAGCUGGCGCAGACCCCAACGGAAGCCGACACCAUCGCAGCACCCCGGUCUACCAUGCCUCCCGUGUGGGCAGGGCGGACAUCCUGCAGGCCCUCAUCAGGUAUGGUGCCGACGUUGAUGUGAACUACCACCUGACUGCUGACGUCCAGCCCCCGUUCUCCCGGCGGCUCACUUCCCUGGUGGUCUGUCCCUUGUACAUCAGUGCGGCCUACCACAACCUCCAGUGCUUCCGACUGCUACUCCUGGCUGGGGCAAACCCUGACUUCAACUGCAACGGUCCUGUCAACACACAGGGGUUCUACAGGGGCUCCCCUGGGUGUGUCAUGGAUGCCGUUCUGCGUCAUGGAUGUGAGGCCGCCUUUGUGAGUCUGCUGGUGGAGUUUGGAGCCAACCUGAACCUGGUCAAGUGGGAGUCACUGGGCCCAGAGGCAAGAGGCAGAAGGAAGGUGGACCCCGAGGCCUUGCAGGUCUUCAGAGAGGCCAGAAGUAUUCCCAGGAACUUGCUGAGUUUGUGCCGCGUGGCUGUGAGAAGAGCUCUUGGCAAAUACCGGCUUCAUCUGAUCCCCUCACUGCCUCUGCCAGAACCCAUAAAAAAGUUUCUGCUUUAUGAGUAGAAAGCAAGUGCAGCCUUGGUUACCGUGAGGAGGAAGGUGAUCUGCAGGGAAAAUGGACACCGACUCUCGCACCUGUGACCCGUGUCCCGUGCUGCCGGCCGAAUCCCUAUUGGCUGUUGGUAGAGAAGAAAUGGCCUUGUUCUAAUUGAAUUGUAAUUCCACCUCAGGUGCUGAGCCAUCGGACAGUUCUGGUCAUCAUUAGCCAAGAGGCUCUUAGAAAACUUAAUUUUGUUCUUCCUAAAUAUCUCUGUUCUGGAUUUUCACAGUUGCAUAAUGGUGGAAUGGGCUCUGACAUGUGUGCAGUGUGGGCAGCUGGAGAGGGAAGACGCCUAGCACUUUCCAGAACUGUUUUUAUUUAUUUUUCUACUUCUCAAUUUAAUCAUUCAAUUAAAGUUUCUAAUAUCUAGAUGAACAGGGAGUUGCGGUAAGCAGAGUAGAGAACAGAAGUGCAGUUCGCCAAUUUGCUGGUUUGCCUUCCCUGCUCCUGGGGUUAAGCAGCAUGUGCCCUGGUCAUAGUGGUCACACGCCCUUUUCUUGCUCCCCAGUAUUCUGCUUCCGUAGUGGAGCUGCCACAUUAAUUGUCUUCAUUCCAGGAUGGCCUCCGGGCUGCUGUGUGUCAGAUUCAGCUGUGUAUUUGCUCACAGUCUGUGGGGUCGUGGCGCAGAGGUCCAGGCGCUGUGCCUGUCCUCAGGCCCAUGUGCCUCAUCAUGCCCUCAGCUGUCAGAAGCUUUCUGCCCUUUCACCGGAGGGACCUUCCAGACAGGGAGUGAUUUUAGGAGACCCACAUGGAGCUAGCUAGUAAACGACUGCCUUCCCUGGGAGCAAGGACUGUUCCAAUAGCGUUCACUGCCAGUUUUAACAGAAGGAAAGCUGAGGCCCUGUCUCCUGGUCCCUGCACAUAUGAGAGCAGAAAGCUCAGUUGGGCUCCUUGGUGUCCAGUGGACAGAACCUCUGGUGGUUGUGUCCUUUUCACUUGUCUUGGAAUCUAGGAGGGGAGAGCGGUGAAGUCUGGGUCUGCCUGCUGGGGGUGGUGGCAGGGGAGUGAGAUGUCCUGGAUUAUCGUCACAGUGAUGGCUGUGUGGCUGGCUUCCUGUCUCAGCCUCGGCAGUGCCCGGUGUGAGGGCCAGUGACAGAGGUGGCUGCUGUUUGCAGUGAAGUCACAUUUUGUCAUUUGAAUCCCCCAAGGGCCAUUGUGUAGACCCUUGGUGGUUCUGGACUUCAGAAAUAGUUAAGAAACGAGCAGCUUUCAAAUCUGCGUUAAGAUUUUCUAUAAUAAGAGAAAUCCUAUUUGUAAAAGUUGAGCUAAUGAGAUUGUUUUAUUUGUUAGCGUCGUUGUGUUUUUAGCUGUCCAGCAGUGUCUGGCCACUGUAUUCUGCAGUUUGAGAGUGUAAUUCCAGCCCCCACCUCACAUGUCCUUGACGGGCUGUGUGUUGGAUAUCUCUGUGGCUGGCCUGAGUGUGCAGGUCUGAGCAGAAAAGCAUUGUUCAGAGGGAAAUGUGGUCACCGAGGUGUUCGUGCAGCUGAAGGGAUGUCUUGUAGGCUGUGUAGGUGUGUAUGUGGGCUGGGUCUCUGAGUCCUGGGGGCGGGCCAUGUGCUGUUCCUAAGGGGAGCUUGAAGUCAGGAAGCAGGAAGGGGGAGAGGGCAGAGGUGAGGGGAUUCAGCCCAGGAGAGAGGGGUGAGGCGUGUUCCUCGUGGACUCAGAACUGGGCUGUGGCUGGGUGGGGACUGUAGGGAGUAAGGGAAGGGUUGCAUGGAAAAUUGAGCCACCGGGGGGGACUGAGCUGCUCUGGAGGGGCUGCUUAUCACUGGAGAUCUGUAAGCAGUGACUAUACCGUGGUAGGGCUGAGAGAGGGCUCUUAGUGGUAGGGGUGAGCUUGCUGUACUUUUAGCUUUUUCUGGCUUCCUGCUUAGCUCUGCCAACUCUUGUCCUCUCUUCCUGCUGCCCUUUGGCUCAGUGUGGGAGAGGGCAGUUUCUCCAGCUGAGCUGGGCUGUGGGUAAGUGGCAAGCUCCGAGGCUUCUUCCCAGCCCUCCCUGUGGUUCUGGGCCCUUUGGAAAGUGCACCUGGGAAUGCUGCCCGUGCAGGAUCCCCACGCACAAGUGUGCUGGUGUGACCUCUAGCUGGCAGAGGCGUGGGCCCGGGCGCAGCAGAACGGGUGCCCAUUUCUGUGCCCAGUGCAGGGCUUGUGUCUUGAGGAUGGAUCCACUUUCCCAGACUCUCUCUGGAGGAAUGGACUGGAUUGAUACUUACAGCUGAGCCUUGCUCAGACCUGCCCAGGGAGAUAAUGUGUCUGGGGAGAGAAUGAGCCAGAGGAUGGGUCCCUCCCUGGCAUGUGGCGUGUCCCAGCUGGUCUGCAGGGAUCUGGGGUCUCAGCUGUUCAUUUACAGGGGACUGUUCAGCUUCCUCUUUAUUUUAUUUGUUUUUGAGACAGGAUCUCAUUCUGUUGCCCAGGCUUAAGUGCAAUGGAACAAUCAUAGCUCAUCAUGGCCUCAGACUCUGGCUUUGCAAAGAGUCCCACCUUGGCCUUCAGAGUAGCUGGGACUACAGACACGUGCCACCAUGUCUGGCUAAUUUUAAAAUUUCUUUUGUAGAGGUGAGGUCUCACUGUGUUGCCCAGGCUGGUCUCUAAUUCCUGGCCUCAAGUGAGCCUCCUGCUACACUCUCCCAGGGCGCUAAGGUCACGGGUAUGCGCCACUGCGCCUGGCCUCAGAUGCUCUUUACUCAAGCCAGCCUUUCCUUAUGUUUUCAGAGUCGGAACAACUUUGAGUUUCAGCCUCUUGUUUGAAAGGUCAGCCUUUUUUUUGAAAUUUCAUGGCUGAAAUAAAUCUGAAUGAAUCUGAAAACAGUAUAGGUAGCUGAGGUCACUCCUGGUUUUUAGUAACACUUAACUGAAGCCCCUUUUCCUUUGUUGGCAAGGAUGGUUACAGAAUAGGAGAGAGUGGCAGUCUCUGUUGAGCACUUUGUGAAAUCAUCUUUCUAAGUCCUGGGGCCCAAAAAGCAAGGGAAUGUGGUGGUGCCCUUGAAGAGGCUACUGCCUGCUGGCCCAGAGCAUUCCACAGGACAGGGGGUUGGGGGAUCUGUGGAAGGAAGCCUGGUGCUGCUUCCAGCCCACCCCAGGAGCAUCUGACUGUCCCCACUCCUGGGGCGGCUACCGGUCGUGGGCCUCAGCUGCUGUGAACAGGCCUCUUGAGAACUUAGCUUUAGGGGACUGGGUGAGGGUCACACCAUCUGUGACCUUUCAUAUUAUGCAUCUUAUUUAUAUAUUUAUUUAUUUAUAUUCUGCCUUAUUCCAGGAAAGUGUUUAAGGCAGCAAUGCUUGCUUUUAAUGUUCUGUUUUGAUAUUUGAAAACUUUAGUUGAAAAUGUACUUGUUGGGGGCGGCGCUUGUGGCUCAAGGAGUAGGGCACCGGCCCCAUAUACCAGAGGUGGCAGGUUCAAACCUGGCCCCGGCUAAAAACUGCAAAAAAAAAAGAAAAGAAAAUGUACUUGUUAAACAGGUAAUUUUAAAAAGAGAAGGCAAUUAGCAAUUUCCUCAUGUUGACUGUGUUCCUGUUCAUAGGGUUAAGUGGUAUCAUUUUAAGUUUUAUUUUCCUUCUUCCAUGAAUUGGUUCUUCAAGUAAAAAAAGUUGUGGUGAAAGAGGGAGAGGAACACACAGCAAGUGGGAUAAGUGAAGGAAAGCUCUGCUGGGCUGCUCUGCCCUGUGCUGUAGCUCAGGACUCUGUGACAUUGGAAGAGGCUCUGUGAGCAGUGGAGGCCCUACUGGAGAUGUCCGGGCUGCCUGCUCGCCUUUCCUGGGGAUUUUGUGUGGUGGCGUGGGAGGACGCACGUGCCUAUGGGUGUGCUUUGGAUGUGAGCAGUCUCUGGGCAUAGGCGGGCUGCUCUCUCUGUGGCUGUGUCCCUGUUCUCCGGGGAGAUGCUGUCAAGGUGAUUGGUGCUGGAGGAGCCUGUGGCCUGGGAGGGUCAGGGCCUGCACUUGGUUCCUGAUGGUGCAGCCAGAGUCACUGUGGCCGACAGCCUGGUGUUGGGCACAGCGAGCUCUGCGGACACAAGAGGAUGACAUGGUGAGCACUUCAUAGAGUCAGAUUUAUUCAACCUGAGGAGAUGAUUAUUUUCUUCCUAAUUUGGUUGAUAAGUGUCCUUGUUUAUGAUGAAGGUGAUAGUACAGAGCAAGAUUUCUGCUUUUUGGAAUGCUCUUAGCUGCAGAACAAAAUUUUGGUUACUCUUUGUCAAGCUCUUAAAUUUCUUUUUAAGCGUGCCUGUCUCUGAAAUCCCUGAGUCAGGGAGCCUUGGUCCAGCUGUGCUCUGUGUUUGCAUGUUGCUGAGAAAGUCUGUGCAGGGUGGGUGUCACCGCAUUUCUACCACCUCAUGGUCCAGGGUAAGUGCUGAGUCGCUGUGAGUGUGAGGUGACACAGAUGGCCAUGCAGAGAUGAGCUCUAGCUGCUCCUGGAUCCAUGGGAGACACAGGAAGUUUGUAUGGCCUUCUUGGUGAGGACUGCCCCUUAAUUGGCCUUGGGAGGCUGUGGCACCCUGAAUGUUGGCAGUGGCUCUAGUGGUGGGUCUUCUGGUGCUGGGGCUGUAGGCUUCGGCCUCCUCACUCGCCCACCUGCAUGGCCCUUCGUGACUGGUCCUGCCCACCAGGGUUCCCUGCCAGUGUCGGAUCACGUUCCUGGAACAGUACUUGUUUUGGCAUGUGACCGUCUUUCUCACUGAUGCCUCACUUUCCUCCUCCCUCUUCCAAACUGACUCCCGCAGGGUGGAAUAAAUAAGUUAUGUGUACACAUACAUGGCUGAUGGGAUUCGUGGGGAGGAGAGUUCCCCAGAGGGGCCACAUGGACUGGGAAGUGCGCAGAGCUGAUGGAUUAAGUAAUGUAAAUUCUCAGCAGACAGGAAGAGGGAGGUGUGGGGUGGGGGGUAGCUCUGCGGCCACCACGUGUCAUUGUUCAGUGUCUGGAAUGCAGUGGGGUCUCUUUCUUAAGUAGCUUUGAUUUCAGCAUCUCUUAGAUACUACUUAGACAUUAGAUACACUAAUGUCUGCAUGAAUCUGGCUGAGUGUGGCAUGAACAUGGCCCGCUGUGCGUACAGAGUCACAGUUUGCUACUGUGCUUUAGCCAGCAGUACCCUGCCGCACGCUCUCUGCACGGCUCCUGCCCCUCUGUCCAGUGCUGGCACUGUGGGCAUAACUUGCUGUGUGCCUGGAGACAAGCUGAAUGGAGACCGUGCUCUGCCAGCCUGGGCCCUUCUGCUUUGGCAGUGACGUGAGUUUGCCUGCAGCGGCUGGGAUGUGACCAUGACUAUGACUGUUUUUGCCCUUGUGCCUAGUUAAGAACUUUCAAAAGUUUGAUGGACAUUUUUGAUAUGUUAUUGUAACUUUAAUAAAUGCUUUAUUCCCCUCUAAUUCCCCCCGGAAUGCCUUAAUUGUGUGGAGUGUUUUUUUCAGCAGGUAGAAGUGUUGGCUGUGUGUAGUCUGGGUUUGCAUAUUUCCAGAAGAAGGGGCUGUCUCUGUGGAAGGUUUUGAAUGAUUGGACAGAGGGCUGUGAAACAGGAGCUUCAGACUGCUCUGAGGAGCCCAGGCCCAGGGAGGCGCCCGCAGUGACAGCCUGCCUUACUGAAUGGCUCAUGGUUUCUGGUCUGAUGAGAGUUACUUGUGCCCUGAAAAGUGUUUGAGACCCAUGGUUUUGAAGCAGGGUGACCUGUCCCCAUGGUGGUCUGUGGGCAAGACUGAGGUUUGGCCCUGGGGUUCUGUGUGACCUGUCUUGACAAUAGGGGGUAAGGUGUGAAGAUACAGGACGAACCCUGGAAUGAAUGAACUAAAUAAAGACACUCACUCGUCUCUCGGGUCUCCUUG